AUGGCUGCGUCGGGUGCCGAAAUUGAAGAUUUCUUUACCGGACCUUUGGUUUCAUGGUUGAAGUCAUGUCUCACAAAUCCAGAAAGUCUCAAAGACUAUACAGCACUUUUCAAUGGAGAUAUUCUACAUCAAGUAUAUUUACAAAUAGACCCAGAACCAUCUUACCAUAUUACAAAACUGACAGGCUUGGAGGACCAAGCAUUGAUAUUAGGUAGAGUGAAGAAUUUUGAUGCUAUAGUCAAAAAUGUUAAAAGUCUGUAUGAUGAAGAAUUGGGUAUGACUUUAUUGGUAGUGCCAGAAUGCAUAUGUUUAGGAAAAUCACCUGAAUCACGAGAUGGUCUGGAAAACAUGAAGCUACUAAUAUUAUUACUACUUGGUGCUGCUGUUCAGUGUCCUAAUAAGGAGAUAUUUAUUACAAGGAUCAAGGAACUUGAUGUAGACUUACAGCACAACAUUGUGGAAUGUAUUAAACAGGUAACCGAUAUGCAGACUGUAGUUUUGACGCCAGAUGCAAUCGAUCUCUUCCAAUCGCCAACAAUGUUCAAUCACAUGAGACGUCUGGCAAAAGAAAGGGACCAUUAUCUUCAGAACUGGGCGACAUUGGUUCUCAAUGAGGGGUUGUGUGAUAGUGAAAAUGAAAACAAAAGUAGCAAGAAUCCCCCGACCCAGAACGUCAAUCAGAAUAACAGUGAGAGUCAACAUUUGGCCGUUGAGCUUGCAGACUGGAAGGCACGUCUGCGAAAACAGAGACAGGAAUUGGAGGAAAAGUCGGAACAGCUGGCUGAAUGUCGCGAGGAAUUAGAACAUACGAAGUUAGUAUUAGCAAAACUGCGCUCAGACAGUCAAGAAUGGUUUAAUGAGGCAAGGAAAGCGGCAGGGUAUAGAGAUGAGGUUGACGCGCUUAGAGAAAAGGCGGAACGCUGCGAGAGACUGGAGCAAGAAAUACAAAGGUACCGUGAUCGUCUCGCUGAUGCAGAGUAUUACAAAACCCGGGUAGCGGAAUUACGUGAAGAUAAUAAGGCGCUCAUGGACUCUCGGGACGUGUUGGAGGAGCAAUUGCAACGUGCGCGGAAAAGGGCUGAACAGUGUCUAUCAUUGGAAGCGGCGAUGAUCAAGCUCAAAAGGGAAGCCAACGAUAUUGCUUUGGAAAGAGAUGCAGAACAACAGAGAAUUCAAGAGUUAAUAGAAGAAAAUAACCAUUUGCAAUACAUAGCUAGAUCCAUGCUGAGCGAAAGUAAUAAUAGUAAUCUAGAUACAGACAAUGAAUGCGAAAGCACGAUUGAGUCUGGAGAAAAUAGCCUAUCUGAACAACUGACAAGUAAUGCGCAAGCUAGAGCUUUAAAACUCGAGUUAGAAAAUAAGCGCCUUCUUUCAACUAUCGACAACUUGAGAGAACAAUCUUUACUUGAAAGCAGUGACAAAGUUUUAGAAUUAGAAAAAGAGAAAAAAAGGUUAUCGUUAAAAUGCGAGCAGCUACAAGAAAAUUGUAACAGGCUUAUGCAACAAAAUUCAGAAUUGGAAGAAGUGUUUAAAAAUGCUUUAGAGGAAAAUAGAAAAUUGCAAGAUUCACUAGACAGUAAAAAAGCAUUUAUAGAUAGGCAAUCAAUAGAUAGAGAAUCCGAAAAAAAUAAACUACAGGACUUUGAGAAACAUUUAGAAUCACUUACAAAAGAUAAACAGAGAAUUCAAAUGCUAUGCGAUUCUAUACAAAGAAGGGCUGAUGAUUUAGAAAAAUCUUUAGACGCUAGAACGAAGGAACUGAGCGUCGUUAAACCUGAAGCUGAUAAAGCAAUGCGGCUUAUUAUCGAAACAGAAGAACUUAAGACAAAAUUGACAUACAGUGAGAAGGAAGCCCACAACCUUCAAAGAGAGGUAAACAAGUUAAGAGAAUCUGUAGAGGAAAAAGAUGUUACAAUUGAUAAAAUAACUACUGAUAUAGAAUUAAAAAACAAAGAAAUUGAAAGAAUAAAAAAAGAGUUAGAUAUAAGUCAGUCUUUGGUGACCAGACUACAAGACUUGGAGCAAAAAACACAAGAGUUAAAAUCACAUAAGAAAAUUGAUUCAGAAACUAUUCAAACCCUUCAAAAAGAUUUAAUAUUGGAAAAAGUAAAUUGUGACAAACUCAGAAAUUGCUUUGAAAAACUAGGUAUCAAUGCUUCUGAAGUGAUAAGUAAAGAGUUUAACGUAGACGAAUUACUAGAGAAAAUAAUUACCAACACAGAUCAUGAAAGUUUAAUAUCUGAUAUCGCUGCUAAAGCUAAUUUGACUAAAUUAGUACCUUGUGACUGUAAUCAUGGAAAUAAUCAAAAUAUAGAAGAUAGCAUUAUUAAUCCGCAAAUAGAACAAUUAACUUCCGACUUAGCAGCCUUACAAGUGACUCUAGAACAUUGUCAAGCUGAGAAUGCGAAAUUACAAGUUAAUGUUGCCACAUUGAAUUCACAAAAUGGAUCAUUAAUUUCGCAGCAAAUGACUCUACAACUUGCAAACAGUCAGCUAGCAGCAGAAAAAGAGGAAAUCCUUAAACAGCUUGAAGUGUUAAAAGAUAAACAAGAUAAUCUCUUAAGAGACCAAGUUGCAUUGCAGACUCUUCAUGAACAAUUGAAUACAGAAUAUGAAACAUUACUCAGUGAAAAAGAGCCAGUAAAAAUAGCUGUGAGAGAUUUGAAGAUAGAAAAUCGGGAAUUACGAGAGAAACUAAGUAGUUACGAAAAGAAAAUAUGCGAUUUUGAAGCCGAGAAGGAAAACAUAAAAAUCGAAUCACGUAAUUUAGCCAACUUAAGAGCAGAACAUUCAAAAUUAAAAGACGACUUCAGAAAUCUUUUUACGGCCAGUGACAGAUUGAAAAAUGAAUAUAGGAAUAUGCAAGAAGAAUAUCGAAACUUGCGAAGUGAGGUAACGCAAUUAAAAUUAAAAAAUACUGAAAUGUCAGGUGAAAUUAAUACGAAAACUGAAAUAAUUACCAGUAUGGAAUUAGAAAUAAGUAAAACCAAUCAGCAUUGUGAAAUGCUAAUUCAAAUGAAUAAAAGCUUAGAUGCUGACAGAAGAUCAUUGAUGGAUCAUGUUUCACAACUUCUAACCCAGUAUCACGAAUUGUUAGCUCAUUCAUUAAAAGACAAACAGCACUAUCAUGAAGAAGAGAAAAUGUUUGCAGAUAAAGUGAAUGCUUUAUGCCGUCAAAAAGAAAAAUUAGAGGAAAAAAUUAUGGAACAUUAUAAAAAGCUUGAUAAUUGUACACCAAAGAGGCGUGGUUUCGGUGCAUCAUUCGUCAAAAGAGUAAGAAAAGCUGGUACUGAUUUAAUUAAUAAAGUGCCUUCCCGCAACAAUAAAAGAAUAGAAGAUAGCAAUCGAUCAAAAUCGCAAUUAACUCUAGCUGGUUCCGAAUCUGGAGAAUCUGAUCCUGGUAGCCAGGAUUACGACAAAACUUCUAAGAAUGACCAAGAACAAGCAUCAUCUAAUCAAAGUGUAGAUUCACCAAGGCGUAGUUCAGACUCCAGCUACAACAGAAGAUAUGAUGAUAUAAUGAAAAAAUCGGAAAAUAUGGAAAGUUCUUUUUCCAGUCUUGACCCAAGCAGAUUGGCUGGAGGCGAAGGAAAUUUUGCAAGACGGCUUUCUACUGCAUCAACGCACAGCGGAGGUGGUGAUGAUGCUCUUAUAAGAGCUUCCCUACGUAGAAGGCCACAUAAGGCGGUACCUAUUGCACAUAGAAAUAGCUAUCAUGGAUUGGAUGGAGAUACUGGCUUACCAGCAGCUUCUACACCGUCACCGGUAUUCGGGACGGCUGGUUCGCGUCGCACCGUUUACUUGACAGACGACAACCCAGAUGUGACUCUUAAUACAAAACCUCAGAGCACUCCCAUUAAAGAGAAUCCUACAUAUUUAAUCUAUAAUAGAAUAUCAACUGUGAUUGGGGACAAUGCAUGUAAAACCAACAAUGAUAGAUCAACUAACGAACACACUCAACCUGAUGUAACGCGUUCGACCGUUGAAGAAAAUUCACAAGAGCAGGAAGAACGACAAGACAGAAGGGGAAUAAAUCGGAAUGAAAAACCCGAAAACUCUAAGGAAUCUGCCAUUUGGUAUGAAUAUGGUUGCGUAUGA